CCAAACAUAAGACCAGUUGUAUCGUUCAGUCCAAUCCGCCCGAUAAUCAACAGCGACCAGUCUCAUAUACCACAGAGUGACUGCCGUAACCCAGACAUCCAAGUGCAUCUUUUUAACGUGAUCAGAUUUGAAGCACUUUCGCAGAUGUUCCGUCAACGCCGUGGUACUUUGAAAGCCAUAGAAAAGCAGGCUGUAAUAGUAACGGCCUUCCGUAGUCUGAAUUUGUUAGAUAAAUUGAUGCGAUACUCUUGGCUCUCGUAUUUCAUAGCCCAUAUCCGCAAGGUUCGCUUUCACCGACAUUUGGGCCACAGUAUCGCAGUGGCCGAGCUUGACUUUGAAUUGGUUCAAAACCUAAUUCUGAACGCAACUCGGCUGGAAGAUGAAGUUGCGUACGGCGUCAAACAGAUGAUCCUCAUCCUCCACGUCAUAAACCUGAGAGCUAAUCCGUCGUUCCGAACUUUCUGUGAUAGCUUUCCAAAGUUCCAGAAGAGAAUCCUAUAA